AUGGGCUGCAAUAUUUCUAACAGGGUCGCUGUGGCACAGCUAUCUUCCGAGAAGCUGCAGAACAACUGGGAAGCCAAAGGCCAGGCUAAAAAUGACAGCAUUGCUGGAAGAGAGGCAUUCUCCUCACACAAUGGGGCAGCUUCGCCAACAGGCACUUCAAAGGAUGGAGCCAAACUUGAAAAUAAGACAAGUGAGGGAAACUCCGCUGAAGAACUACCAGAAAGAUUUACAUCUUCUCAAAAAAGCAGCAAUGCACAAAGCACAGACGCACUGCUCACCAGCGAGUUCAUCAGUCAAUCACGGUCCUUACAGGAGCAGAGGAAAAAGUCAUCAGACAUUCUUGAGGAGCUGAGGAUGCAGGGAAUAAUCAAGAGCCAAAGUACCACUGCCAGGGCUGGAGAAGUGUAUGAACACAAGAGAGAUGCCCUGGAAAAGACACUGAAGAAACCACCAGCCAGGCUGGAAAAAAUUCAGUUUGGAAACAUAGGUGAUUUUACAGUGAAGGACAUGAACACUUCUGCUGAAGAGAAAAAACAGGUUAGGGAAGAGGAACUGAACAAAAUGCCACAACACAUCACAUUUUUUCCAGCAACUGCCCACCAAACUACAGGUAAACAGACUGAAAACGACUGCCCAAAUUUUGAAAGUCGAGGAGGUACAGACACCCCUCAGCCCUCACCUUAA